AUGAGCCGGCCAUAUGGUCGAGGCCAGCCACGGCUAGGCGCGACAUUCUAUCCAGGGGGUCAGGAUGAUUACUACAUGCCGGAGGUCAUCUCUCCAUCUCCCCAAAGGGUCAUGCCGGAGGUGCCUGAGAACAUGCAGGACAACAUUGCCCACCUCGAGCAGGAGGCUCGUGGACAGUACCGAAUGACCGGCCAACACGCCGUGCAAUACGACCGGUCCCAAUAUCCAGCCCGAACCUCCUCUGCUGCCCCGCAAGCACCUGCACGAAAGCCAGUAUCUGGGAAUGGUUAUGGCCCGUCGAGCUAUCCUGUCGAUUCAUACGAGCAGAACACAAUGGACCAGCCGAACUUCUCCCCUUUCCCGGUGCUGCGAAAUCCUCCUCCCAAUGUCCCUCCCACCGAUGAACAGAGAGAAGCCAAUCUGGAGAAGGGCCGCGUAGCGGUCCUGUCUUCAAAUGAUCCGGAGAUGCAACUGGCAUGGGCCCAAGAUGCCCUUUCCUACGUCGAGGUAGCGAUGCAGAAUGAGCUUCGUGUAUCGCUCAUCCAGCCCCCGAGGCCACAGACACCCCAGGUUGAACGCCAGCUGCGGAUGGAUGCGAUCAAUAUCGUCGGUUUUCUGGCAGAACAGCAUCACCCCCGGGCAGAAUUUAUCAAGGGAAUGUGGCUCGAGUUUGGCAAAUUCGGUUUCAGAGUGGAUAAGAAGGAGGCUUUCCGUUGCUACUCCAGAGCGGCAGAGAAAGGAUAUGCCAGAGCCGAGUAUCGGAUGGGAAUGCAGUUUGAAGGUUCGAACGAGCCUGCCAAGGCCAUCAGGCAUUAUGAAAAGGGUGUUGCGCUGGGAGAUUCCGCUUCCUAUUACCGUCUCGGUAUGAUGAUUCUCCUUGGCCAGCACGGCCAACGUCAAGAUUAUCAAACUGGUCUCGAUUACAUCCGCCUGGCGGCGCAAACUUGUGAUGAGAAUGCGCCUCAGGGAGCUUAUGUAUACGGGAUGCUACUUGCACGGGAGUUGCCUCAGGUCCAGAUCCCCGAUCAGUACCUUGCUUUGGAUAUAAACGGUGCGCGGAUGAACAUCGAGAAAGCCGCUUACCACGGAUUCGCAAAGGCGCAAGUAAAGAUGGGAGCCGCGUAUGAACUUUGCCAGCUCGGUUGUGACUUCAAUCCUGCUUUAUCGUUGCAUUAUAACGCUCUGGCGGCGCGUCAAGGUGAACCAGAAGCAGAGAUGGCAAUCAGUAAGUGGUUCCUCUGCGGUCACGAGGGCGUGUUUGAGAAGAACGAUGAAUUGGCCUUCACCUACGCCCAAAGAGCCGCGCAGAGUGACCUACCGACUGCGCAGUUUGCUCUAGGCUACUUCUACGAGAUUGGAAUCUUUGUUCCCGUGGAUAUCAAAGAAGCCAAGAGUUGGUACGCCAAGGCUGCGUCAAGCGGCAAUAAGGAUGCCUUGACUCGGAUCGAGAGUAUAUCGCGGUCAAAGACGUUGUCUAGGAAAGACCAUGAAAAGGUCGCUAUCGCCAGGAUCAAGUCCCAGUACGGAUCUCAGCGACAGAAGCCAGGGCCGGCAAGCUAUGGUGCGAGAGCCAACACUAUGCCAACUAUCCAGGAUAACAUCGAUAUGCCAGAUCCUUCGAGGAUGAGGAUAUCGGACGACCAACGGCCUAUGUCAGCCGCCCCAUAUCCUGAAGGACGUCCGGGUUACAACAUGCCAGAUCCACGUCCGAGCUCUGCAUUUGGAAUCAACCCCAAUAUCCGACCCGGUUCCUCUGGGACUUAUGGCCCUCCGAAUCCCUCGGGUCGUGUUGUUUCAGGAGGUUCCGGUAGGGGAGCAUACCGCCAGCCGGGCUCCGCUCUGUCUUCUCCAGGACUUCCUCCGCCAGGUGCAGGCGAGUUCAGUGCUCCGGGAACACCGAAACUAGAUAUCGGUUACAGUGCUCCUCUGGAUCCUGCUGGCAGAGGAGACCGCAGACGGCUGCAGAGACCUUCCAACCCGAAUAUGGCCAGGCCCCAAGGUCCGCAGGAUAUGAGCUACGCCAUUCCCCCGGAGCGCAAAUCAGCGAGGACUCCCGUCUCUCAUAGCCCCGCGGGCAGUGCGCAUGGCCUUCCGUCUAGCCCACGGCCGCCUGGUCCCCAAUCUACUCAGUCUUAUCCCUCUCGAAUAGACUCCAAGCCUCCGUCAAGAUCGUCUGCAGCAUCCACGCCAGCUCCUCUUGAAGGCCCCCUCAACCCACCUCAGAUGCCUGCGGCUCAGCAAUCCGCACCUAGCUCCCCUAGUAUGCCGCCGAGCAAAGGCCCGAAGACAUUCGAGGAGAUGGGAGUCCCACAAGGUAAAAAUGAGAGAGAUUGCGUAAGUGCCCUGCUGGUUUUAUCAAUUUUGUUUCGAAGUUAG